AGAGUUGUCUGGGUAUAAAAGAGCCGGAGCGGGACGGGCCUGAACUAGCACAGCUCCGCAACUCUACCCCCUCCACAGGUGCCGCCGCUAACCGAACCUCUGCAGAAUGGGCCGGGUGAGUACGAAGAUCAUUUUCUACGAGGACAAGAACUUCCAGGGCCGUCGGUAUGAGUGCGACAGUGACUGUUCGGACUUCCAUGCCUACCUGAACCGGUGUAACUCCAUCCGCGUAGAGAGCGGGGUUUGGGUGGUGUAUGAGAGGCCCAACUUCAUGGGCUACCAGUAUGUUCUGAGCCGGGGCGAGUAUCCGGAUUACCAACGCUGGAUGGGUCUGAAUGACCGCCUCUGCUCCUGCAAGAUGAUCCACAUUGUGUACGUUCCUCUCCAGGCGACUGGUUCUGAGUACAAGAUCCAACUCUAUGACAAGGGAGAUUUCGCGGGCCAGGUGUAUGAGACCACUGAGGAUUGUCCAUCUGUGGUGGAGCGCUUUCGGACACGCGAGGUCCACUCCUGUAAGGUGCUAGACGGGAUUUGGAUCUUCUACGAGCACCCAAACUACAGGGGGCGCCAGUACCUACUGGAGAAGGGGGAGUACCGUAAACCUGUGGACUGGGGCGCUGUCUGCCCCACGGUUCAGUCCUUCAAACGCCUUACGGAGUGACAUGUAAAUCCAUCCAUCUGCAAUCCUCCUUUACUUCCAAACCACCCAACCACAACAGCACCAACACACCUGUGCUGAAUUAAUAAACGCGUGGUUGCAAAUUAAA